AGAUGGCUUGCGCUGUUUCGUUGAGGGGGAGGGGAGUGGGGUAAAAUAGAAACGACAUUACUUGAUAGCAGGCUUGAGCGUGUCGAUAAUUUACCCCAAGAAAGACCACAUUCUCCCAUAGCUCGACGAUUCGGCCCGUAUGGAUGGGCUACAUUAUGUCUCCGUAGAGCAAUAGAGUCCGUACUAUUUGUCAUCGGGGCGGAAGAAUACACGCGUAGCCGGAACUGCUUCUGAGCGCUUGGCCGUGAGUGGAGCUGAAUGGAGGAAGCCUCUUCCUGGUGGAUAAACAGUGACAGCUACAGGGCAGCCACCUAGACCCACUACAUUGGCUGGCGCAGCUCUGCCAGCUCCCCCGAAACAACAGCAAAAUGGAUUCAGAUAGUAAAUACAUCGCGCAAUUGACUUCUGAACUGUACUUCCUAAUAGCCCGAUUUCUAGAAGCUGGACCGUGUCAAAACGCAGCCGAGACCCUGAUAAGGGAGGUGGAGGAGAAGGAGCUGCUCCCCAAAAGGCUGGACUGGACAGGACAGGAACACCCUGGGACAUACGAAAAUUUGGUGAAGAUACACAGGCAUGUGGGCCCGGACCACCUGCUCCAGGUGUGCUCCAGGGUGUGUCCCCUGCUGGAGGGCGAGGUGCCCGCCAGCGUGCCCGGCCUCCACAGCCUGCUGGGGGCCGGGAGGCAGAACCUCCUCCGCACCAGCAAGAGCUGCAAGCAUGUGGUGUGGAAGGGAUCGGCGCUGGCGGCGCUACACUGUGGACGCCCCCCAGAGCCGCCCGUCAUCUACGGGAGCCCUCCUAACAUUGUGGAGACGGGUCAUGGGCGUCGGCUGAACGGCUCGUACCGCUUGCGGCAGCUGCUGCCCACGGCGGUCUACCAGCACAUGAAGAUGCACAAGAGGAUCCUGGGACACCUCUCCUCCGUCUACUGCGUCACGUUCGACCGCACCGGCCGCCGCAUCUUCACGGGCUCUGACGACUGCCUGGUGAAGAUCUGGGGGACGGACGACGGCCGGCUGCUGGCCACGCUGCGGGGCCACGCGGCUGAGAUCUCGGACAUGGCGGUCAGCUACGAGAACACCAUGCUGGCCGCCGGCUCCUGCGACAAGACCAUCCGGGUGUGGUGCCUGCAGACCUGUGCCCCGCUGGCCGUGCUGGAGGGUCACGCCGCCUCCAUCACCUCCCUGCAGUUCUCUCCUCUCUGUAGCGGCUCCAAGCGCUACCUGUCCUCUACUGGAGCGGACGGCACCAUCUGCUUCUGGCAGUGGGACGCACGCACACUCAAGUUCUGUCAUAGACCCAGUAAGUUCACAGAGCGUUCCCGACCUGGCGUGCAAAUGAUCUGCUCCUCCUUCAGUGCAGGUGGUAUGUUUCUAGCCACAGGAAGCACCGAUCACAUUAUAAGGGUGUACUACUUUGGAUCGGGACAGCCAGAGAAGAUUUCCGAACUGGAGUCUCACACAGAUAAAGUGGACAGUAUCCAGUUUUCCAACGGCAGUGACAGGUUCGUGAGUGGCAGCAGAGAUGGAACGGCACGGAUCUGGCAGCUGCAGCCUCAGGGCUGGAAGAGCAUUCUGCUGGACAUGCAGACCAAAUUACCCGGGAAGUACAACCCUCCCCCGCUGGAAGACAAGGUGACCAAGCUGAAGGUUACCAUGGUAGCGUGGGAUCGCCAUGACGGCACAGUCAUCACCGCCGCCAACAACCUCACCAUCAAGGUGUGGAACUCCACCACCGGGAACCUGGUCCACGUUCUCAUGGGUCACGAGGACGAGGUGUUUGUGCUGGAGCCGCACCCCUUCGACCCCCGGAUCCUCUUCUCGGCGGGCCACGACGGCAACUGCAUCGUGUGGGACCUGGCGAGGGGCGUGAAGAUCCGCUCCUACUUCAACAUGAUCGAGGGCCAGGGCCACGGGGCCGUGUUCGACUGCAAGUGCAGCCCAGACGGGCAGCACUUUGCGGCCACAGACUCCCACGGACACCUCCUCAUCUUCGGCUUCGGCUCCAGCAGCAAGUACGACAAGAUCGCCGACCAGAUGUUCUUCCACACCGACUACCGGCCGCUGAUCCGCGACGCCAACAACUACGUGCUGGACGAGCAGACGCAGCAGGCGCCCCACCUCAUGCCCCCGCCCUUCCUGGUGGAUGUGGACGGGAACCCCCACCCCACCCGCUACCAGCGGCUGGUGCCCGGCCGCGAGAGCUGCCGCGAGGAGCAGCUCAUCCCUCAGAUGGGGGUCACCUCCUCAGGGCUGAACCAGGUGGUCAGUGAGCAGGCGGUCGACGGCUCCAGUCCUCUGGACACCAUGAUCCAGAGGCUCCAGCAGGAACAGGACCAGCGGAGGACCCCCCACGACCCGCCGGCCGCCUCCGACAGCCCCACCAACACCACUACCACCACCACCGCCGCCGCCGCCACCCCCGCCGCCCUCCCCCCCCUCACCAUCGCUGGGGUCAUCGGUAGCAGGGCCAACCGAGGGUCGGUGGGCUCCCCCAGCGAGGUCCACUCCCCGCCCAACGUGGGUCUGCGGCGCAGUGGGCAGAUCGAGGGGGUCCGGCAGAUGCACAGCAACGCCCCCCGCAGCCAGAUGGCCACGGAGAGGGACCUGGUGGCCUGGAGCCGCAGGGUGCUGGUCCCCGAGCUGGAGGACGCCACCGUCGGGAAGCAGAUCAACUGGCGGGAAGCCAAAGGAGAGGAGGAGAUCAACAUCUAUCGGUCGGAGAGGCGGAGACGAACCAUUCACUCUUUACCAAAGGAGACCAGGGUACCACCGACCUCCGAGUGUGUGGGUGACGAUGCGAGGCGGAGUCAGGGUAACCACGGUUACCACACGCGUGCGGCCAUGGAGGAGACGAGCCGCCAGAGCGCGGAGGCUGCAGAUGACGACGACAGCACAUCGGAGAUGGAGGGAGAGCCGGAGGUGCAACAGGUCAACGGCCACUCCUCAGAGGAAGAGAAGGAGGAGGAGAAAAAAGAACCCUGGCCUGACGACCACAGUAGCUCCAGCGACUACUCCAGCGACUACUCGGACUGGACGGCCGACGCCGGGAUCAACCUGGAGCCGCCCAAGAAGAGCGUGAGGGUGAAGAAGAAGAGCAGCAGCUCCGAGGAGGACGGCGGCGAGAAGAAGAGGGACGGCAAGAAGGACCGCAAGAAGGACAAGGCCGACAAAGAUGGCGCUGUACCGAAGAAGAAGCAGCCCAAGGAGAAACGCAAGAGGGCAGAGUUACAGGAGGCGGGGCUAACUCUGGAGGAGUGGCUUCCCUCUCCCUGGAUCACGGACACGGUUCCCAGGCGGUGUCCUUACAUACCGCAGAUGGGAGACGAGCUGUACUACUUCAGACAAGGCCAUGAGGCGUACGUGGAGAUGGCGAGAAAGAAGAAGAUCUACAGUAUAAAUCCCAAAAAGCAACCCUGGCAUAAGAUGGAACUUCGGGAACAGGAGCUGAUGAAGAUAGUGGGCAUCAAAUACGAAGUGGGGUUGCCCACGCUGUGCUGCCUGAAACUCUCCUUCCUGGACCCCGACACGGGCAAACUGACCGGAGGGUCCUUCUCCAUGAAGUACCACGACAUGCCAGACGUCAUCGAUUUCCUGGUUCUCCGGCAGCAGUUUGACAACGGCCGAGAGCGUCAGUGGAGUAUAGGGGACCGCUUCAGGUCGGUGAUCGACGACGCCUGGUGGUUCGGGACCAUCGAAAGCCAGGAGCCCUUCCAGUCCCAGUACCCUGACAGCCUGUUCCAGUGCUACAACGUCUGCUGGGACAACGGGGAUACUGAGAAGAUGAGUCCCUGGGACAUGGAGCCCAUUCCGAAUGAGGCCUCCUUCCCAGACGAGCUGGGUCUGAGCGUGCCCCUGGCGGAGGAGGAGCAGCAGGAGCUGCUCUACGUGCCCCUGGAGGGCGAGUGGGGCGCCCGCGGCCGCGCCGACGAGUGCGAGCGCAUCAUCAAAGCCAUCGACCAGCUCGUCACUCUCGACGUGGCGGCGCCCUUCGCCUUCCCCGUGGACCUGCAGGCCUACCCGUCCUAUUGCACCGUGGUGGCCUACGUCACCGACCUCAGCAGCAUACGCCAGCGGCUUGAGAACCGCUUCUACCGGCGCAUGUCUUCCCUGAUGUGGGAGGUGCGCUACAUCGAGCACAACGCCCAGGCCUUCAACGAGCCCGGUGCCUUCAUCGUCACCACCGCCAAGUUCGUGUCGGACCUCAUGCUCCAGUUCAUCAAGGACCACACUAUGACGGACAUCAUCCCCCUGUACAGAACCAUGAAGAAGUCCACCUUCUCUGAUUCUGAAGAAGAGGAUGAGGAGGAGGAAGAGGAGGAGGAGAACACUCCGGGAACGUCUGCGAGGAAAACAAAGGGCCGGCGUCCCAUGCAGAGGCAGCGGCGCACUCGGCCGCCGUCCUACGACCCCCAGGCCUGGAGGGGGCGCUGCAAGGAGCUGCUGGACCUCAUCUUCCAGUGCGAGGACUCGGAGCCCUUCAGGGAGCCUGUGGACCUGCACGAGUAUCCGGACUACCUGGAGAUCGUGGAGUCCCCCAUGGACUUCAGCACCGUGCAGAGCACCCUCUCCGACGGGAAGUACAAGUCUCCCAUCGACCUCUGCAAGGACAUCCGCCUCAUCUUCAGUAACUCCAAGGCCUACACGCCCAGCAAGAAGUCGCGGAUCUACAGCAUGAGCCUGCGUCUCUCGGCCCUGUUCGAGGAGCACGUCAACUCCAUCCUGGACGACUACAAGGCCAUCCACGGCCUGACGGACAAGCUGACCCGCCAGCGGACGGACAGACAGACACGCCACGCCGCCACCGCCUCAGGCUCCGCCUCCGACCGACCGACGCGCCACGCCCCCAAGAGGAGGCGGCGACGCAGGAGCGAAUCGCCCGCCAGCAGCACCGCGUCGAGCCCCGAGAGGAAAAGGCGCGUGUCCUCCCGGACGUCCGGGCGCCGCGAGCCGUCGCCAGGGCCGACGCCCCCCUCCUCCUCCUCCUCCUCCUCGGGCUCCGCCCCCGCCUCAUCCUCGCGGCCGGCCUCGCUGAGGCAGGCUCCGCCCCUCAGGACCCCCCCGCAGCUGCUCAACGGGAAGGGGGACGCCGCGCAGACGCCGGGACGGACGCGCAGCUCGCUGCGGCACUCGACGCACUCGCCCCCGCUGUCCUCGCACGCCGCCGCCGCCGGAGCUAACGCUGGCGCACAUGCUAGUGCUAGCGCGCACGCCGCCGCCACAGAGACACCUACUCGCCUGCUGCGUGGUCACAACCCGGUCGCCGUGACGACCCCCCCGGAACCCGAGAGACCGGCGCGCUCCCCCCCCGCCGAGGGCGGUGGCGGAGGAAGUACCCGACGGAAACUCAGGACCCCCGUACGACUCACGCCAGCCUCUCCCACCCGGACCCCCAGCCGGACCCCGGCCGUCGGCACGGUGCACCUCAACGGCCACAGCCGGGACAGCGGCGGCGGCGGCGGCGGUCAUGGGACCGCGGGCGUGGGCCGACGGGGCCGGCGGCCGCGGCCCGAGGCGCCGGCGAGCCCCGCGCCGGAGGUCACCGCCGUGUCGCCCGCCAGCUCCCCCCGGCCACGGGGCCGGCCCCCCGGCAAGAAGAGGGGCCGCAAGAGCAAGCAGGAGCUGGCGGAGCUACGGAGGAGGAGCAGCCAUCGCAGCUCCUCCCCUGAGGAGGAAGAGGAAGAGGAAGAGGAGGAGGAGGAGGAGGAGGAAGAGGAGGAGCCCGACCAGUCGACGGGCGAGGAGGGCGGCACCUCGUCGGCGGCCAUGCCGUCGGGGCCCGGGACGGCGCCCGCCACCCCCAGGCGCCGCGGACGGCCGCGGCUGGUGCGGCCCGAGGAGGUGGCCCCGCCCCCGGCGGAGCCGCCGUCAGACUCCUCCCCGCUCGGGAGAAGGCGGAGCAGCAGGCGGGCCAACGAGGAGACCACGCCCCCGGCCCAGACCGCCACGCCCCGUGCCCUGCGGAGAGAGUCUCGGAGGGGAGGGCGGCGGUCGGCCUUCUACCUAGAGGAGGACUCCGAGGAGGAGCAGAGACAGCUGCUGUUCGAGGACUCGUCCAUCACAUUCGGGACGUCCUCCAAGGGGCGCGUCCGCAAACUCACAGAGAAGGCCAAGGCCAACCUGAUUGGCUGGUAA